AUAAGUUGCACAUACGAGAAGAGAGAGACGGUCGACAUACAAGAAGAGAAAGACGGUCUACCUGGAUAUGGAUCCUCUGCUGAUGGUGUUGCUGUUGCUAUGGAGAUCAGGACUCUGGGCUGAAGGAAGACACAACUCAACCGGUUCUCAGGAGUGUGAAACCGCAGCCAAGGCUGACAUCGUGCUGUUGGUGGAUGAGUCUGGGAGCAUCAGCCCAUCAGAAUUUGAAACCAUGAAGACCUUUCUCGCUGGAAUGGUCAGCAAUUUCAACAUUGGCCCAGACAGAGUCCAGAUUGGUCUGGUUCAGUACAGUGAUAACCCAAGGACCGAGUGGCACCUCAACACCCACCAGACCAAAUAUUCCCUGCUGAAGGCCAUCGCCAAUCCGGUACAGCUAGGAGGACUCACCUACACAGGAAAGGCUCUGAACUACAUCCUUCAAAACAACUUUAAACCCAAUGUGGGAAUGCGACCAGACUCCAAAAAGAUUGCUGUCCUGAUCACUGAUGGAGAGGCCAAUGACAACACACUCCUCCCCUCACAGAAACUGAAGGACGCCGGCAUUGAGAUCUACACUAUUGGUGUGAAAGAUGCUGACCACGACCAGCUACGUUACAUUGCCUCCGAUCCUGAAGAAAUUCACACCUACUCUAUCAAUCACUUCUCAUCCCUCCGGCACAUUGUCGACGACCUCACCAUCAACAUCUGUAAUAGCUUAGUGUUUGUCAGGCUGGUGAAUGGGACCAGUCUGUGCUCAGGCAGACUGGAGGUGAAGACUAACCAGUCUAACCAGCGCUGGUCCUCAGUGUGUGAAGAUGACUUUGACCAGCAGGAUGCAGAGGUGGUCUGUAGGGAGCUUGGCUGUGGGGCUCCUUCAGUCCUCCAGGGGGUGCUCUAUGGAGAAGUGGAGGCUCCAAUGAAGACCAAAAAGUUCCAGUGUGGAGGCAACGAGUCUGCUCUCCUAGACUGUAGAAGCUCAGUCUCAGAUAGAAACAACUGCUCAUCUGGAAAAGCUGUUGGACUCACCUGCUCAGAUCCUGUCAGGUUGGUGGGAGGAUCCAGUCGCUGUACUGGAACACUGGAGGUGAAACGAGGAGACUGGAGAACAGUGGAUGCAUUUAACUGGACCCUGAAGGAAGCAGCGGUAGUCUGUGAAGAGCUAGACUGUGGCUCUGCUUUUUCAGCAGGAAUAAGAAAUGAGUCCCUACCCAACUCUACAUGGGAGAUCAGUCCUGACUGUAUUAAUUCUGGGUAUACCCUGAGAGAGUGUGUAACAUCAGGUUCCUCUUCCUCCAUCAUGAAGAUCAACUGCUUAGAGCCUGUCAGGUUGGUGGGAGGAUCCAGCCACUGUGCAGGAACACUGGAGAUGAAACGAGGAGACUGGAGACCAGUGGAUGUCUCUGAUUGGACCCUGAAGGAAGCAGCGCUAGUCUGUGGAGCGCUGGACUGUGGCUCUGCUGUUUCAACAGGAAUAAGAAAUGAGUCCUUAUCCAAAUCUGCAUGGAAGAUCAGUCCUAACUGUAUUCACUCUGGGUAUACCCUGAGAGAGUGUGCAACAUCAGGUUCCUCUUCCUCCAUCAUGGAGAUCACCUGCUUAGAUUCUGUCAGGCUGGUGAAUGGGACCAGUCUGUGCUCAGGCAAACUGGAGGUGAAGACUAGCCAGUCUACCCAGCGCUGGUCCUCAGUGUGUGAAGAUGACUUUGACCAGCAGGAUGCAGAGGUGGUCUGUAGGGAGCUUGGCUGUGGGGCUCCUUCAGUCCUCCAGGGGGCGCUCUAUGGAGACGUGGAGGCUCCAAUGUGGACCAAAGAGUUCCAGUGUGGAGGCAAGGAGUCUGCUCUCCUAGACUGUAGAAGCUCAGAUAGAAACACCUGCUCAUCUGGAAAAGCUGUUGGACUCACCUGCUCAGAUCCUGUCAGGUUGGUGGGAGGAUGGAGUCGCUGUACUGGAACACUGGAGGUGAAACAGGGAGACUGGAGAUCAGUGGAUGGCUCUCACCAGACCCCGAAGGAAUCAGCAUCUGUUUACUGUGGAAAGCUGAGCUGUAGCUCUCCUCUGUCAGCAGGAAGCAGAGAUGACUCCUCUAACAGAUCUGCAUGGAAGAUCAACUCUGACUGUGUUCAGUCUGGAUCUGCUCUGAGGGAGUGUGUAACACCAUCAUCUUCAUCUUCUUCUGUCCUGGAGCUCACCUGUUUACAUCCAGCAGCUGUUAUCAUCAGACUGGUCGUCCUGCCGCUGACUCUGCUGUUGUCCACCAUUGUCAUCUAUUUCAUCAUGAAGGUCCAGGCUACCAGGAGGCAGAUGUCAGGCCCACAGGAGAACAUCGAGCUGGAUUAUUAUAACCUCGGUUUUAGCAAAGCUGAAGGAGCGCCAGCUGAAGAGGAAGGAGCCCAGGCAGCAGAGUAGGACCUCCAAAGAGCUCAUCUCACAUACAAAUGGAUUUCUCAGCUGCCACACAACUGCAUAUCAACUCAGUCAAUGAUUUUAAAUUGUUUCACAGAUGUUCCAUUUAAACUAAUACUGAUAUUAGAAUAAAGUUGAAGAGUUGAAUAGAGUUGUAGCGACAAAGGGGGACAGAACAUCCACAAAGAGAGGCUCUGAAAAUAUUAUACCCAAUGAGGCCGUAGGUCAUAGAUUUAAUUGGAAAUAAAAAUAUGGAUAACGAUAAUAAAACCUAUUGACGGUAGUAACAAGAAACAAAUAUAAGCGAGCCAACAGUGUGUGACAAUAGUUUAGACCAGUGUUUCUCAAAUGAGGGUAC